CAACGUUUUUUGACCAGUGUGACCUAUCCAUAUAGUGAAAGUAUAUCUUAAAAAUUGUCGUUGUAUGUCGUUGUCGAAUUGUAUAAUUCUUGCUCAUAUAUAAAGAUUACGGUCAGGACAGGAUGAUGAUGUCUCUUUUUUACAUUUAUUCAGUUUAACGGAAUUCAUACAAUCGACUCAUCCACAGCUGCAGUUCUGCUUAAAAAUAUAAGAACGAAGAUAAUUUUAUACCAUAUAAAUAUUUCAAACUAGGCAUUUAAUAUAUCUCUUCAUGUAACUAUAGUUAAAUUUUGAAAAUUACUGUGAUAUUACAUACACAAAUAACGUCAGCAAAAAAAUCCCAGAUUACUCUUCAAGUUCCUCCUAAGUAUAUAAAAAUGCAAUAACGACGUAACAUUUGAAAAGAUAAAGUACAGUGCUACAAUGACAUGGACAAUAACUGACAUCUAAUUUCAGAGGGUUAUACAUACAUCGCCUGAAAAAAAAGCAACACAAAGAAAAUCUGUUGACUUAGAAAAUUUACCUUGUUUUUGACCAUGGCAGUAAACUGCAGCGAUCUCAUGACCCCUUGACAUACACAGUCGAGGGAUCAAAAGGUAUACAAAAAAAACAGCAAAUACAAAUAACAAGGUCCAAGUAAACUAAAACAAUCGACAAAACCAAACAAUGCAAUCUGAAAAUGCUCAGCAAACGAAAUCUACCAAGCUUUACCCCGAAAUUGGACCACCGCCCGCAAACAUCUACCCGAACCUUAACCCCGACGACCCUCUACAAAAUAUACCGACACAACCCCCCAUCUCCAUGGAACAAUGUAUCUCAGACCUAAUCGUGUCCGAGACCGAAUUACUUGUCAAGCUCACCGAGAUCUGCGUCAUCCUACGCCAACGCCACAAAAAUUGUGCAAUCUCCAAAACUGCGGGUAGCUCGGCGUCCAUUGUCGGUUCUGUGCUCACUAUUUCGGGCGUUUUCUUGGCCCCCUUUACUGCUGGAUUGUCACUUACCGCAACGGCAGCUGGAAUCGCCACCACCGUUGCCGGAGUGGGAACCACGAUCGGAACCGACAUCACGAAAUCCUUCCUACACAAGAAGACCAUAAAAGAGUUGGAAGCCCUUCUCGAAAUCCGUCUAAAACAGUACGAAUUUACCGGAAAGCAAAUCAGCAAAGCGCUAGAUGUCGCGUCCAUGGGCGUUUCCGCGACCGCUAAUGCCGCUCAAGUUUUAUCCUUUGCCAAAAUCUACCAAUUUCUUUACAUAAAUCGUGACAUUUACGGCAUAACGGGAUUAACCGCGUCCAUGUGUGCGCAAGAGCAGCUCGGAGGUUUACUCGUGGGCGUCGUGCGACCCCAGCUGAACAAAGGACUGGCCUUGAUUGGACUUAAAUUGGGCGCGAGGACUUUCAUGGUCGGAUUGGGCGUGAUUUUUAUUGCUCUCGACAUCAAAACCAUUGUCGACUGUUGGAGAAAAGAGCCCAAGUUGUGCGGCCAGGUGGAAGAGAUUUGUAAAGAUAUUCAAGCCAAGAUUGACAGCCAUGAGAAGCUUUUGACUGAUAAAGAUGACAAUGAAAUCGUUAAUCGUGAAGAUUAAGAAUUUUAGCUCAAAUUAAAAAUACGCAAAUUCUCCUUAAUGCACAUAAAACGAAAAUAUAUUUAUGUAAUUACUGCGCAAAGCAAAUUACCCUUAAAGUAUUGUUAAGUUUCAAUAAUAAUAAUUAUUCAUGCAUGUACGUAUUUAGGGCCCAAUUUUACUGAAAAGAAAUAUUAAAGAUGAACAAGUUUUAAAGGCUACAGAUAAUUCUCUAAUGUUUUUUAUUCGCAUAUUAAAAUAAUUUCGAAACUUUGUCAAAAUAUGUAUGUAUGUAUGUAUACCGUUUUAGCUGCUGUUUUUAUUUUCGUAGAUUUUAAUAGGGUUUUACCCGAAUACAAUUACGUGCUUUAAAAUUCAUAUCAAAAAAUUAAAUCUACCAUAUG